UUUAUUUUAUAUUUUACAUAAAGAAUAAAGACUCUUUAAAUGUCGUAAUCUAAUCUUUGGUGAAAAAAAAUAAAAAGAAGUUGUAAUCUCAUCUUCUCCCAUCUUACAACAAGUGAACAAACAAUAGGUAUACCAGCUGGAGCGUUGAUUUCAUUGGUAACCAUUAUGAAGAAAUCUUCGCUGUCCAUACACAUUACACGCUCUCUUCAAUAUUAUCCAAAGCAAUAUUCUUUUGCCACCCUGCACUAAUUUCCCAAAUCCCCAAAAGCCAACACACACCCUUUACCAAAGAAAGCAAAAUAGUUAGACCUAAAAUACCUAAAUAACAGAUGUUCUUUCAAAACAAAAUUAUUAUUAAUUUUUCAAACCCAUUAAUUUUGAUAAACACCGUACAGAAUAAAAAAAUAAAGCUACGGUCACCGUAACCGUGACCGUGGUCCCCACCACCAUGGCUCUUUGCCAAGGGUCAAAUCUCUGUUUACCGUUCUUCUACGUCGAAGAACCGUCACCGUUAACAACUCUUGGCAUUCUUUCAUUUGACGCCGUUAAAACGAUGUGCCGUUUAAUCUCCCUUUAUAAAUCAUUAACCAACGUCGAAAUCCACAGACUCCGUCGCCACGUCAUCAAAUCAAAAGGUGUGGCCCACCUUAAUUCUGUUGACGAAUGUUUCCUCCUAAACCUCGCUUGCGCCGAACGCCUCGAAGAUCUCAACUUAACAGCCGCCGCUGUUUCACGGCUCGGCUCACGUUGCACAAACAAAUGCCUCAGCCAAUUCGACGCCGUUUACGCCGACAUAAAAAACGGCGCCAUGGAUUUAAAAAAACUCGAAUUCGGCACGAAAAAUGUUGAAAAAGUAAUCGAGAAAAUGGAGAAACUCGUUUCUGCAACGAGACAUCUUCACUCGGCAAUGGAAUCUUUAUCCGAAAUGGAAAUUUCGGAAAAGAAGAUCCAACGGUGGAGAACGAUGAGAGCAAAUAAUGGUCUUAAGGUGAAAGUUGAAAGUUUCAAUGAUAGGAUCAUUUAUCAUAGAAGACAAGUUCAAUAUUAUAAACAAAAUUCGCUUUGGAAUCUUACGUUUGAUAAAUUUGUUGGAUUAAUGGCUCAGAUUAUAUGCAUUAUUUAUGCUAGAAUCGCAUUUGUUUUUGGAUCUUUGAUAACGGGUUGCAACAACAACAAUAAUAAUAACAAUGAAGCUGUUAAGGUUAAAGGUGUUUUUCGAAUGAAGUUUGAGAAUCGUUGUUGUAGAAUUGAACAUCAAGAGUUGUAUAAAAUAAACCUUUGUAUCUUUGAUAAAGACGAGGAAUCAUUGAAGAAAAGUGGUAAGAAUUAUAUGGGUCAUGUUUUGAAGAGCAAUAAAAUUGGUGUGAUAAAGUUUAAUAGUCAACCUCCGGCACCGGCGGUGGGUUUUACCGGAAGAGAGGUGGCGAAGAAUAAUAGGGUUUUUCGGUUGGCGCCGCGGUCGACAGUGGGUGGAGUAGGGCUUUCACAAAGAUAUGCAAAUGUGAUUUUGUUUACGGAGAGGAUUGUGCAUGCUGCGGCGGCGAUUGGAGAUGACGCGCGCGCGUUGUUGUAUGAAAUGUUGCCGGAGAGAUUGAAAGUGAAGUUGAGAGGGAAAUUAAGGAAAAUGUGGUUGAAAUGGGAGGAGGGUUUGGAGGGAGAAAAGGAGGAGGGCGAAAAAUCCACGGUUGCGGAAAGGUGGCGCGAGACGGCGGAAGAGGUGAUGGAUUGGUUGGCGCCUUUGGCACAUGAUACGCUGAGGUGGCAAACGGAGAGGAAUUUGGAGAAGCAAAAGUUUGAGACUAAACCAACUGUUUUGUUGUUGCAAACUUUGCAUUAUUCGAAUUUGGAGAAAGUGGAGGAAGCUAUUGUGGAAGUUUUGGUUGGGUUGAGUUGUAUAUAUUGGUACCAAAAACAAUGGUAGUGUAUAUGGUGAGGAUCUUUUAUAUGCCCCCACAAGCUAUUGUUUUUUUAAUAUGUUGAAUGCUUUGAUUAUAUUUGUCGAUAAAUUUUAGGUGUUGCAAUUUAAAAUUUGUCGUGAAAUAUAGUCAUGAGUAUAAUCUUCAAAUCAAAUUAAGUUGGUGAUUUGAUGCGACAAUUUCUAAACCUUAAAGUCAAUUUUGAUUUGGGAAGUGUUUUUAGGUCACAAUGUGAUGACCGAAGAUUAGUGUUGACAGUUAAGAGACAAUGCCAAUUGAAAAGUUAUGUAUUUAGUUUUUAUGGAAGUACAAAAGUAAAAUUUUUAUUUGAAA